UAGAGAGAACGUGCCUUAAAGUUUGUUUAAUGCUUAGGUUAUUUUUGUCGGUGAAUACAUAUUUUUGUUUGAAAUGUGAAUUUUGAAAUUAUGUUGUUGGGUGGUAUAAAAAUGAACAGAGUUGGACAUGGAUUGUUCAAGCAAGUGAUAACCUCGUCUCAGUGUCUUUGCACACAAAAACCAAAAUCCCAGUAUCUUUCCUCACAUAUUUUUAUUCUUUUUUAUUUAUGUUUUUCAUAAAGAUUUACCUUUUGAUUUGAGAAAGAGAGAGAGAAAAAGUUUGGGUUUUGCUAAAAUGAAAGGAGAAGGAGGAAGCACGAAGAAGAGAGGAAAAAAAGGUGAGAAUCGUUACAAAGGAAUUAGAAUGAGGAAGUGGGGCAAGUGGGUCGCUGAGAUUCGUGAACCUAACAAGCGUUCUCGAAUUUGGCUCGGUUCCUAUUCCACACCCGUUGCGGCGGCGCGUGCUUAUGACACUGCUGUCUUCUACCUCCGGGGUCCCUCCGCCUGCCUUAACUUCCCCGACCUCCUCGCUGUGGAAGGCCCCACCGCCGACAUGUCCGCCGCUUCCAUCAGGAAGAAGGCCACCGAGGUCGGUGCCAGAGUCGACGCUCUCCACCUCCAGAACGCGCCCGCUGUCGUCGCCGGAGAAUUCAUCGACCGGGUCGACCUCAAUAAGAUACCUGAACCCGAAAAUUUGGAUUUUGACUGGGCCGGUUGCUAACGUGCGCUGCUGAGUUGCAGUGGAGCAAGGUGACGAUGAUCAUGACAUGAGGCCCUUUUUCGUUAUUAUUUUUUUUUUUUAAUUUAGAUUUCACAAAAGGAAUUUUGGUGCUGUCAAAGUCAAAAUUUUAAAUGUAAAUUACUUGAUAAUC